AUGAAGAGAAAAUUGUUCUCUAUCUCUCUCAUUAUCUCUUAUUUUAUAAUUUUUCUUGUCUCUAUUUCAGACUACCCAUUACGUUCUCCGUCCAGCACCAACAUUCAUCCGAAUGCUCGAUGGCAACAGAAUGAUAUCACUGUGGCUGGAGGAAAUCGACAAGGCAAUGGAAUCAAUCAACUCUCUGACCCAUUGGGUUUGUAUGUUGAUGAUGAUCAAAGUGUCUAUGUCGCUGAUCAAUCGAAUCAUCGUAUUGUGGAAUGGAAAUGGGGUGCGACGAGUGGCCAAGUGGUUGCCGGUGGAAAUGGACAAGGAAGUGGAGCUCAUCAGUUGUAUAACCCAACAGAUGUGAUUGUCGACAAAGAGAGAGAUAGUCUCAUCAUCUGCGAUGGUUCGAAUAACAGAGUGGUUCGAUGGCCUCGUCGAAAUGGGACAAGUGGAGAAACGAUCAUCUCCAACAUCGAUUGUUGGGGUUUGACAAUGGACGAGAAUGGAUCUCUCUAUGUCACUGACUAUAGAGAAGAUGAAGUGAGACGAUAUCGAAGAGGAGAAUCUCAAGGAACAGUGGUUGCAGGUGGUAAUGGGCGUGGAAAUCGUCUCGAUCAACUCUCUUUCCCCGCAUACGUAUUCGUCGAUCGAGAUCAUUCAGUGUACGUGUCUGAUUGGGGAAAUGAUCGUGUGAUGAAAUGGGUGGAAGGUGCAAAACAAGGCAUUGUCGUGGCUGGUGGUCAAGGACAAGGAAAUGGUCUUACAUGA